AUAGAGAAGACUGGAUCAGAUGAUGACUGCCCACUUGAGCAUCAGUAUUAUCACUUCACAUCCAGGGGUUUCCUUCCCACGGUGCCAAGGGCUUUCCAUCCUCCACGCAGGAAAGAAGACCAAUUCCCACACAUUGUGGUAAUCUGCUGUGCCUCUAGCAACAGACAACUAGUACAUGCAAAAAGAAAGUAAGGGCGGUGGGAAUGAAAACGGGUUUCAGUGACAGGCACCAUGCGCAUUGACUAACUCUGUGGUUGGGUGCAGGCGGUGCACAGAAAUCUAGUCUGCAUCAUUCCCUGAUAGCGUCCUGAGAGGAGAGGCAGGGCUGGAUUCUCAGUAUUUUUGUGCCCAUCCACCUGCUGGCUGCAAUAGUGCAGCAUGACUGAUACAGUGAUGAGCAGCGGCUCAGGUCGCUGGGUGUCCAACGACAGGCAGAGGACCAUGCACGCGAGUGAUAAAGAGCAGGGCAACUGGACCAUACAGCAAGGCACUGGUUCCAGUGCAGACCUGACAGAUGAAGAGAAGGAGAUUAUAAACAGUGUGAUUGCCCGUGCUGAGAAAAUGGAAGCUAUGGAACAGGAGAGAAUUGGGCGCCUAAUAAACCGCCUAGAUGACAUGAAGAAGACUGUGUGUGGAGAUGGAGUGUCCCGCUGUUUGCUGUGUGGAGAGCAGCUGGGCUCACCUGGGGUCAGCUCAGUGGUGUGUGAGGACUGCAAAAAGAACAUGUGUACUAAAUGUGGCACACAGUGUGGCAGUCGGCCACGUGCUGUGUGGCUGUGCAGGAUCUGCAGAGAACAACGAGAGGUAUGGAAGAGAUCUGGUGCGUGGUUCUUUAAAGGUUUCCCCAAGCAUUUUCUACCAUCACCCAUGCCAUUGUCUAAAGCAAGGGAGACAAGUACCCAGGAAGCAGCAGAGCCUCAGAGGCCAGCACCUUCUCAGCCCCAAGGGGCAGUAACCCAACCACAACAACUAGGUCUGAGUCAGAGUCAGGCUCCUACCUCUGAUCAGCAAGUUUCAGGUGCAGAGCCACAGAGCCGUGCUGGUUACCCACCUGUGGCCCCUAAACCGGUUAUGCACAUGGCUACAGGAGGGGCUGGGCCUGAAGAGGUGGGUCAUGCCAGUCCAGUGGUGAUGAAGAAAAUUGUCCCUGUGCAGAGCUCCAGACCACAAUCUGCUGCUUCAGCCACCAUAGCCCAGCAGGGUCCUGCAGCAGGAGAUGGAGGUGCUUAUUCUUCCAGUUCAGCUCCUUCAGAGCAGAGAGCACCUCCUGCUGUAAGAGAAGACAGGAGGCCUGCUGCCUAUAAUAACCCUCCUCCCCGACAUCAGCCUCCCCCAGCCGAGGAGGAGGAGGAAGCCAAUGACUAUGACUCGGAUGAAGCAACCACACUCGGUUCUCUUGAGUUCAGUCUUUUCUAUGAGCAGGAAAGCAACAGCCUCCACUGUAGCAUCCUCAAAGCAAAGGGACUGAAGCCCAUGGACUCAAAUGGUCUGGCAGAUCCUUAUGUGAAGCUUCAUCUGCUGCCAGGGGCUAGCAAGUCUAACAAGUUACGCACAAAGACUCUGAGAAACACCCGUAACCCCAUGUGGAAUGAGACGCUUACCUACCAUGGCCUCACAGAUGAGGACAUGCAGCGCAAGACCCUCAGGCUCUCUGUCUGUGAUGAGGACAAAUUUGGGCAUAAUGAGUUUAUUGGGGAAACCCGAGUGGCACUGAAGAAACUGAAGAUGAAUCAGAAAAAAAACUUCAGUGUUUGUUUAGAAAGAGUCGUGCCUACUAAGAGAACUGCAACAGCUGGAGCCGCCAGAGGGAUUGCACUCUAUGAAGAUGAGCCAGGGAAAGAUGGCACAGAGGUAGAAGAGCGUGGUCGUGUUCUGAUCUCCCUCAUGUACAGCUCCCAGCAGAAUCGUCUCAUUGUGGGGGUCGUGCGCUGCGUUCACUUGGCUGCCAUGGAUGCAAAUGGCUACUCUGACCCAUACGUCAAAAUAUGUCUGAAACCUGACAUGGGCAAGAAGGGCAAGUCCAAAACACAAAUCAAGAAGAGGACUUUAAACCCUGAGUUUAAUGAGGAAUUCAGCUAUGACAUCAAACACAGUGAACUGGCCAAGAAGACAUUAGACAUCUCUGUGUGGGAUUAUGAUAUUGGGAAGUCCAAUGAUUACAUAGGUGGUUGCCAGCUGGGUAUCACCGCCAAAGGCGAGAGGCUGAAGCACUGGUAUGAGUGCUUGAAGAACAAGGACAAGAAGAUUGAGCGCUGGCACACCUUGUAUAAUGAGAAUCACGUUGCUAGUGAUUAACCAUACAGCAUGGGUUUACAUCUAUCCUCCCCAAUUGGUUUGCAUUCAUAUCCUGAUGCACUUUUACCAAUGUAGUGGUUUUUAUUUAUUAUGUCUUACUGUCACACAGGCACUGCUGAAGUUAGUCCCUUUCCUCGGUUUAUCAUAUUUUCUUCCCUGUUUUAAUAUGAGCAAUUUCUCUGCCUGUACUGACCCUAAAUCUGCCUCUGGCACAAAUCACAGUGGAAAUUAAUUUGAAGUUUCAUUAAAAUAACUAAGACAUAUGUCACUGAACAACUGCACAAAGCCUCUCAUGCCUGUCAGUGAUGUUAGAAAUUACUCUGAACUUGACACAUUCUUCACUAAAGGAAAUUAAGUUUGAAUUGCAGUGGCACAGAUAAAAUGAAGCAAUAUGUUAUGGCAUCUGAGGUCAGACCCAUUUUUCAAGUUCACAAAAGCCUUGACAAAGCUCAUGUCUGAAAUUAAUUAGACUGUUAGGAUAUUAUUUGGACUUUCUCAUGAGAUUACAAAAUGCUGCGUGCAACAUGUAGAACUGUAUAAGCAUGCCAGUAUACACACAUAGGACAACACGCAGCUGCACUUUAAAAUACUUCAGCUGUAUGAACAUAUUGUAUAUUUACAUAAAGAAAUGUUUACAUACUGAUACAUUGCUCAGGUUAGGAUAGACAUCUGAAAUGACAGAUGAUUCAUUAGUAAGUGGACCAUGAGCUAGCUGGAUCUUUAAUCAGUUGCUGUUAAGUUGUGAUUUAUAAAUAUGAAGGAACACUUAUAUAGUUUAGCAGGAGUUUUUAAGUAACUUUAUUAAAACUGUGUAUUUACAUUUUGUUGGCACUGUUAACUAUCAGAAACAGAAACUAAACCUUGUUGAUUAUCCAUUAAUUUCUUUGUUGCGUUGUUACCUGGCAGGAAAAAAACAAAAAAAAAUCCCAUCCUGCUAUCUUUGUUCCUUUAAAGCUCGCGGUUCACUCUGACACCUCAGAGUUUUUUUUACUGCAGUGUUUACACCGAUUGCAAACGGUUAUUUUUCUUACAGGUGUCCAGAACAAAUAUAGCUGCUGUGCUCAAUGAUAUGAGAAAUGGGUGAACAGGUUGUGUCAAAAGUAUGUGCAGCUUUACCUGCAUGCACUGUGCUUGUGACUCUCAUGUGCCUGGGGCAAUCAUGGCCCGCUUUAAUAUUAACAUAUCCUUUUCACAAAACAGGACCCUUUCCCCUUUGCCACGCCCUAAUCAUUCAGUGCUUUAGUGUGUGUUUGUUCACUAAUCACAGCAAACCAAGGAAAGCACACCUUACAAAGUGGAAUGACCUCAAUUUAUACAGCUUUCUGCAAGUUAUAUCAUUGUCAAAACAAAGACAAAAACAAAACAUCCUAUGCAUGAAAUGUCUUGUGGUUCAAGAUAUAUAUACUUUGUAAGAAACCACUCUAUCGUAAUUUCAUUAAUGUUUACACUUCUAUCCCAUAACAUUCCUAUUGAAACCUAAUACACUGUACAAGCGGCCAUACUCUGCAUGACUAUGAUGACUGUGGUGUACUUUGAAUAAACUGGUUUGUUAGCAUCCACGCAUCCACUUAUAAUCGACUGAGAAUGAGAGCUAGUCCAACUCUGUCAGUAGCAGACCGAGAUUAAUCUCAGUAUUUGAUUAUAAGGUCCUGUGCGCACACAUUCACGUUCAAAUCUUUAGAAAUGUCUUGUUUUCUAUGUAAAGCCACUGUGCCCCCUUGUGGCAGUGUUUCAUGAACACACCAGGAUUACGCUGCGCUACAUCAGCUGCUGUGAUCAUCACCUGAUAAUUAUCCAUUGGUGUUUAAAAAACAAAAAACAAAACAGGCUUCUCUGAGCUAAACUCACUGUUGUCUACUUGAUUCUGCCGGUACAGUGGAAUGUUCCUUAAUCUCUGUAUUUGUACAUAGAUAGUGCAUGCAGUUAAAAUAUGUAUGUUUGCAAGUAACUUCGCAUGUAAAGAUUUUGCAGAGUUUACACAGACCAAUAAAAUCAAAUGAAAAGCAA